CUCGUUUCCCCCUCCUCAAAUUGCCCCACAGAAUGGAACCAACCUUGCACCCAACAACAAUUUAGGGACCCCCAUUUCUCUUCCUGCCCCCUUUCCCAAUAUUCUGCAGUCCUCUAUAGGGAGGCCUCCUGCUCCUGGGGGUCUCCACUGCCCACCAGAGGAACCCCCUCUGGUCCUUUUUGGGGAGCCCUGCAAGAGCUCCAGGGACCCUCUUUGGCCUCCUCCCCCCCCAAAUCCUUGCUCUGCUGACCUAAACAGUGGAAGCCAAGGGAGACCCACUUAUUUCCCCCCCUCUCCGGACCCCCCCCCCCAUGUAACAGCCAGAGUUUUGCAAAAGCAGCCUUUGGGGAGGAACAGUCCCAGAAUGCCUCAGCUGGCUUGACCCACAGUGUGGCUCCUGGGGGAUUCUGGGAUAUGUCGUUCAAAAAAGCCCUGCUUUCCCCAAUCCUGGCCAAUCCUCGUUCUGCAAGAGGAGACCCCCACCCCACUGUACUCCAAAUCCCCAUCCUCUCACCCCAAAGUGGCUAUGCUUUGUGCUUGCAGGAUCCGGAGUGAAGAAGCAGUGGCAUUGGCGGCACGAUGGGGAAGAAGAGCGAACGGGGCGCCAGGGACAAGAACGCGGCCUUGGAGGAGGAGGCCAGGAACGCCGCCAAAAAGGCAGAGCACGGGGAAGAGGAGUACCAGUGCACAGGGUUCCUGGAGCAGGACUUCGCGGAGCUCUGCACCAGAGCCGGGUUCCAAGAGAUCCCGAAGGUUGUGAUCAGGUCGCACACCCACGGCACCACCGCAGUUGAGGAGCCCGACCCACAAGCCGAGAAGGAGGGCUCCACCACGCUGGCCCAGAUCCAGAGCAAGUAUGCCUACUUCCGCCCAAGCAUCCAGGUGGAGCUGGAGCACGAGGACCCCAAGAGCACCCGGGAAAUCUUCAUCCGGAGUUGGAAGAUUGAGGAAAAGAUGCUGGCGGUCCUGGCCAAAUGCCUGCCGGCUCUCAGCCACCUCCAGGCCCUUCGCCUCUGUUCUGCUUUCAGCCUCUGGAAGGUCGGCCUGACAGACCUCACCUUCACCACUCUGCUCUCCAUCUUGCCAAACUGCACCACCCUCAAGACCCUGGCUUUGGAAGGCAACCCACUGCCUGAGCGAUCGUUCUACAAGCUGAUCUCUGAGGAAACCACCUUGGCCCACCUCUCCCUGCGGAACAACGACAUCGACGACGAAGCAGCCUUCCUGAUCGGCCAGGCACUCUCCUCCCUUAAGAGCUCCAACAAGACCCUCGCCUCCAUCAACCUCAGCUGCAACCACAUCACGAACGUGGGGGCCACCCACAUUGCCAACGGCCUGCGCCUCAACCGCUCGCUGCUCUCCUUGUCACUGGCAAACAACCAAAUCGGAGACGAGGGGGCCCUGAAGCUUGCAGAGGUGCUCGGCCCCUUUGCCCUCACGCACAUGGAGGUGGUAGAGAGAAGGCGGCUGCUGCUGGAGAAGGAGUGCCAAGAGCGAGGCCGCCUGCCCCAGCGACACUUCGAGUUGAAAACUGAGCGUCCCACCAGCCAUGUCAGCAACACCACCAUUGACAAGCUGCAGGCGACCAAGACCACAAAAACCACCAACAAAAAGAAGGAGAAGGAACUGGCUAAAAGGGAGAAGGAGGAGAAGGAGAAGGAAAAGAGCCAGGUGAGCGGAGGAGCAGUUGUGUUGGCCUCCAGCGGUGCCCAGGCCAAGAAGGAGGAAGCCAAGGAGGCCAAGCAAGCCAAGAAAGCUGCUCCUGCUGCUGAACCGAAAUCCCUUCGCGGCAAAGGAACCAAGUCCAGCACCAAAGACAAGCGGGCCCAAGUCUUGGAAGUGGAGGUAGUGGAACCCACUGAGAUUGUGAACCCACUUCUGGAGCAAGCAGAACACCGAGAUGGGAAAGUCUUUCUUCCUGGCAAUCGUGUCCUCAUCUACCUAAACCUCAUUCGUAACCAGAUCAGUGAGAACGGUCUGAAGGGCUUCCUGGUUGCAGUGGAGCAGCAGAUCUCUCGUGUGGCCCCUGGGGGCAAGGGACCCACGGGCCUCCUGCGGCUGUCUCUGGGGAAAAACAACUACCCUGCAGACAGCAAGAUCUAUGCCAGGAUCCAGGAGCUGAUGAUGGUGCGGGACCCCCUCCCCAAGGCCACCAAAGCUAUGGAAGAGGAGGGGGCAGCAGCAGCCACGUAGAUGGGCACCACGAAUAGGCAGCCCCAUCCCAAAACCCAGCCUCCCUCCACCCUGCAGCACCAUCCCUCCCUCAGCAGGAGGAACCCAGCCUUCCCCAGAUUCAAGGGAGGCAGAAAUAAACAUGAGGCCGCACCAUUGCCAAGGCAGCGGGUUUGGCAUUCAUUCGGCAAAAGUUGGGUGCAGGGGUGCUUUGUGGGCAGCAAAGUGGGUGAGAGUCCAGAGCUUGGACACGAUAGCCCUUGGGACCCCUCCCGGUUCUGGGGCUCUCAGGUGAGGGCAGGCGGAAGCAAGGAGGCUGUUGAGCAAGAGCCCACUGAGCACAGAGUUGGAAAUCUAAGUUUCUCUCUGCUGGACGUCAGCGUCACACACAUUUCCCACAGUUACAUGGGAGCCCCCAUUUGAGUAACAUGCUUGCUCUGUCCCUUUGGUAAACAACCCCCACCCCACCACCUCCAUUUGCCAGAUACACAAAGUUUGCUCCCAGUCAGUAGAACUCAAGGCCUCCCCUUUUGGCCUUUUCUCCACAACAACCAAAAAAAGAGCCCUCUGCCUGCCCAGAUUCUGGCAGGGCAGGUGUGCCCAAGGCCAUGCCAGCCACCCCAGGGACCUUCCCCACAAACGCAGAGGGGAACCAGCCCCUCCUGGUGCAGGAAGGCCCCUCCAGGCUGGCAGACAGGGAAGAACAGAGAGGGACCCUGCCUCCCUGCAAGUUCUUCCUUGGCUUGGCCAUGUGGCUCUGCACCAGAGCAACAGAAAGAGGCCCUCCUCAAUGUGAGACCUUGACCAGGACUCCCACAUACCUUCUCAAAGUGGCCACUUGCCAAAAGUACCUGGAAGGUUAGAAAUCCUGGUCCUAAAUCCUAGCCAUUGGCUGGCGCAUUCUCAGCCUCCCCACUGCACUUGGGAAGGAUGUUAAAGGAGGGUGAGGAAAGGCCCAGAUGCCCCAAAUGCCAACUGUGCAUCCUCGCCACAAGUGGCUCCAACAAGAAGUGAUGAGAGGGGGCUGUUUGGUUUAGAACAAAGGAGAGAGACGCGCCGGACAGGAGCAUGAAGGAUAGUUUACUUUUCUGUUUUUCUUUAAAAAAAAAAUCUUUACCAUUGACAGGAAGAAAAUAAACUUGGCUUUCAGCUAAUUGAA